UUCAUUUUCUCCCUAUUUUUUCCCUUUCAUCUCCCCUUCUAUCAAUGGUGAUCCAGUGGGGUAGGGGGACUCGAGUCCCCCCAGCAACCACGCUGGAUCCGCCCCUGCAAGUCGGCGAUAGGAGCAUUGGUGCCUGUGCAUGACCUUCGACAGAUUAAUCGACGACGUUUCUCAUUCAUGGUACUCUCUCUCCGCCACAUAGAUAUAAAAUCCAAAUUAGCCGGUAAUUUCACGUUAUUGUACUUGCCCUAAGGCAAGUGCUUCUCUCACUCUCAGUUAGCCUUAGAAAAGACAGCAAAACAUGCCGGCCUGGACAUGGAAACAACGUUAGCCACAUGACGGUCGCACACUAACUGUCAUCUUGGAGACCUGGACUAACAGGUAAAGGUUAUAUUGAUGAUUGAACGCAACAUAUUGAGGAAAUACUAACAAAUAUAAAAAUUUAAUGAUGUACAGGCCAGCCUUUUCCCUUUUCUUUUUAAUUAAAACCUACUGUUUUUCCUAUGUAAUUAACCUACAUAUAUUACCUUGAGAACCACCCACCCAAGUGGUUAUGUGUAGUGGCAAACCAAUACAGAGAUGGCAUCCACACUACCACAGCUUCUCCUCAUACUGCUGCUACUCACAUUGUACUGCUCCAUCCAAACUGUUGCCAACACCACCAUCCCAGUUCAUUGCCAUCCUCACCAAGCUGAAGCGCUUCUCCAGCUGAAGAGCUCCUUCAUUAAUCCAAACCUCUCGUCAUGGAAACUGAACACCGACUGUUGCCACUGGGAGGGUGUCACCUGCGACACAUCCUCUGGGCAGGUAACAGCGUUGGACCUCAGUUACUAUAAUCUCCAGAGCCCCGGUGGCCUAGACCCAGCGGUCUUCAACCUCACCACUCUGAGAAACCUCAGCCUUGCUGGUAACGAUUUCAACCGGACCGUUCUUCCUAGUUUCGGGUUUCAGCGGCUCACCAAACUCCUCAGGCUCGAUUUGUCAGAAGCAGGCUUCUUUGGUCAGAUACCCAUUGGAAUUGCACAUCUCAAGAAUUUGCGUGCUCUUGAUCUUUCCUUCAAUUAUCUGUUUUUUCAAGAACCGAGUUUUCAAACCAUUGUAGCAAACCUGAGCAAUUUGAGAGAGCUCUAUCUUGAUCAAGUGCGCAUUACUAGUGAACCAACCUGGUCCGUUGCUUUAGCACACUCUCUCCCUCUGCUGCAGAAUCUUAGUUUGUCCCAAUGUGACCUAGGUGGAACUAUUCAUCGUUCAUUUUCCCAACUCCGCUCUCUAGUGGUGAUCAACCUCAACUACAAUGGAAUUUCUGGAAGGGUUCCUGAGUUCUUUGCAGACUUCUUUUUCUUGAGUGACCUUGCUCUCUCGAACAAUAAUUUUGAAGGGCAAUUUCCCACAAAGAUAUUCCAGGUAGAAAAUUUGAGGUCUCUUGAUGUAUCUUUCAAUCCUACUCUUUUUGUCCAACUUCCGGAUUUCCCACCUGGAAAAUAUUUGGAAUCACUAAAUCUUCAGAGGACAAACUUUUCUGGUAACAUGCCAGCCUCGUUUAUCCACCUCAAAUCAUUGAAAUUUUUGGGCCUUAGCAACGUAGGAUCUCCCAAGCAGGUUGCUACUUUCAUACCUAGCCUUCCAUCUCUAGAUACAUUAUGGCUCUCUGGAUCAGGCAUAGAGAAGCCACUGUUAUCUUGGAUUGGAACAAUUAAACUGAGAGACUUGAUGCUCGAAGGCUAUAAUUUCUCCAGUCCAAUACCCCCUUGGAUCAGAAACUGUACAAGUUUGGAAUCUUUAGUGCUCUUUAAUUGCAGCUUCUAUGGGCCAAUACCAUCAUGGAUUGGGAACUUGACUAAGCUUAUCUAUUUGGAACUUUCACUUAACAGCCUCAGCGGUAAGAACACACAUUUGAGUACAUAUAUCAGGACUUCUGACAUUCUGUGCUUUUCUUUUUUGAACAAACUUUGACUGUUGUUCUCUCUCUGUCCCUCAUCCACACAGG